AUGGAAAACGAUUUCUUUUCUAACGCAACGCAUGGCACAACGAACGCAGCUAAAUUAUUUUUGCAAGGAUUGAGCGCGCGCUAUGGUGAAGUUAUUGAAAUCAUUAGUCAUUUCAUCAAUUUAAUGAUUUUUUCGAACAAGUUUCAUAAAAGAUUGGACAAUAAAAUUCUUCCAAUUUUGUAA